AUGGAAUACCCUUUUUCCCCUAAUGAAAGAGAGAUGGGGUAUUGCCAAUCUUCUCGAGCUCAAUUUGAGGCAUCAACGCCAUUAGAUGGUGGAAUGAGCAAUUCAAUAUCAGAGGAUAUACCAAAUAGCUUAUCUGAGUUCAUGAACUUUGAUACUUAUGCUGGUUUGUGCAAUAGCUCAUCCAUAAAUGAUCAGAUUUUGGCUAAUGAGCUUCCAUCAUUAGGCUCGAUACCAUAUUCGUCGCCUUGUGGGUUCAAUCUAGUCCAACAGAACAGUGGGCAAUGCUAUAAUUUGUCAGGAGUUGGCAAAAGUUACAAUGAUACGGAAAUUACCCCCACUUAUCGGGAGCAAGUUGUGUGUCAACAAAUGGAUACCACACUUGGUUUCUUAGAUGACACAAUUGAUGCAAAUAACUUGAAUUUCAAGUUAAAAAAUAAUGGCUCUUCUCAACAUGUUAAUACAUUUGAUACGAGUAAUUGUACUAUGUCCAAGCCACCUGGUUUGUCACUUGAUGAGAGAAUGUUGAGGGCUUUGUCCUUCUUUAAGGAAUCAGCAGGUGGGGGAAUAUUGGCACAAGUUUGGGUACCUAUAAAGCAUGGUGAUCAAAUCAUCUUAAGCACGAGUGAGCAACCUUACUUGCUAGAUCAAAUGCUUGCAGGGUACCGUGAAGUGUCAAGGACAUUUACAUUCUCUGCGGAAGGAAAAUUGGGUUGUUUCCUAGGACUUCCUGGUCGUGUGUUUAUCUCCAAAGUUCCUGAGUGGACUUCCAAUGUUGGUUAUUACAGCAUGAGUGAAUACUUGAGGGUUGAACAUGCAAUUAAUCACAAGGUUCGGGGAUCAAUUGCUUUUCCAGUAUUCGAUCUAUACUCUGAUCUGCCAUGUUGUGCUGUUCUGGAACUUGUGACUACAAAGGAAAAGCCAGAUUUUGACAGAGAAUUGGAAAUUGUUUGUCAUGCACUUCAGCUUGUGAAUUUAAGGACUACUAAGCCUCUUCGACUUCUUCCGCAGUGUUUUUCGGACAACAAAAGAGCUGCUUUGAUCGAGAUAGUUGAUGUGUUACGAUCUAUCUGUCAUGCACAUAGAUUGCCUCUUGCAUUGACAUGGAUUCCUUGUUGUUACACUGAGGGCUCAAAAGGUGAAGCUACAAGGAUACAAAUUAAAGAGGGUCAUUCAAGUUCUAAUGAAAAAAGCAUCCUAUGUAUUGAAGAAUCAGCUUGCUAUAUUACUGAUAUAGCCAUGGGAGGCUUUGUUCGUGCAUGCAUUUUACAUCAUCUUGAGGAAGGGAAAGGCAUAGCUGGGAAAGCUCUUCAAUCGAAUAAUCCUUUCUUCUAUCAUGAUGUGAAGACGUAUGAUAUUAGUGAAUAUCCACUUGUCCACCAUGCACGCAAGUAUAAUUUGAAUGCUGCAGUUGCAAUUAGGUUAAGGAGUACUUAUACUGAUGAUGAUGAUUACGUAUUGGAAUUAUUUUUGCCUGCCAAUAUCAAAGGGAGUUCAGAGCAACAACUUUUAUUAGACAACCUCUCAAGUACCAUGCAGAGAAUUUGUAGGAGUUUGAGGACAGUUUCAGAUACCGAAUUAUCAGGAAUACAAAGAUCUCAAGAGGGGUUUAAAGAGAAAAAUGUCCCCAAUUUUUUCCGUCUGCCAAUGAAAAACUCUCAAAUACCAUUAAAAAAUGGUGACCAGGAUUAUGUCCAAAAGACGUCAUUGAAGGCGACCAACCUAAGAAACAACGGAAUUGAGCCUUCUCAUAACCGGGAAACAAAUGGAUCAAAAAGGAAAGUUGAGAAAAAUAGAAGUACAUCAGAGAAGAAUGUUAGCUUGAAUGUUCUCCAACACUACUUUUCUGGUAGUUUGAAGGAUGCUGCAAAAAGCAUCGGUGUUUGUCCGACAACUCUAAAAAGGAUAUGCAGGCAACAUGGAAUUUCGAGAUGGCCAUCUCGUAAGAUCAAUAAAGUGAAUCGAUCAUUGAGGAAAAUACAAAUUGUGCUUGACUCUGUCCAGGGAGUGGAAGGAGGAUUGAAGUUUGAUCCCUCUCUGGGGGCAUUUGUGGCAAGAGGGUCAAUCAUCCAGGAAACUGAUGCACAAAAAAGUCUUAUGUUUCCUGAGAAGAGUACUAUAGAAGACCUUAUAGCUGUUACACAUGAUGCAGAUUCAGAUUCAGUACCACCUACAUCAUGUAGUGAAGUGGAGAAUUUUCCAAUUAAGUUGGAGGAAAAUUUGAAUAAAAUUAAUGCCUUUUCGGUUGAUUGCAAUGAAGAUUCAAAAUCAAUGGCAAUGGAUGAUGUGUCAUGCCAGACAGCGAGCCUUUGGAACAAGGCACAGGAUUGUCCUGAACAUGGUUGUUUCAGUUCUGUUCUUGGAAAGGAAAGGGAUAAAAGGAGUAUAAACAAGAGUGGUUUGAGAGUAGACAAAUUUAAAAGCAAUAUUAUAGGCCAGAGUUUAACCUCCUUGAUUACUAAUGACAUGGACAUUAAUGUAGAAAGGGAAGAUGGGGUUGUGAAGCCUAACCACCCUAUUUCUUCAAGCUUGACAGAUUCUUGUAAUGGCUCUGGUUCAAUGAUGCAUGGUAGUUCAUCAGGUUCUCAAAGCUUUGAGAACCAUAAUCAAUCCAAAGUCAAAUCAUUCAUUGUUGAUAGUGGGUCAAAAAUAAUUGCCAAAGCUACCUAUAGAGGAGACACCAUUCGUUUCAAGUUUGAUCCAUCUGCAGGUUGUUUCAGGCUAUAUGAAGAAGUUGCCACGAGAUUCAAACUACAAAAUGGGUCAUUCCAACUUAAAUAUCUAGAUGAUGAAGAGGAAUGGGUGAUGUUGGUGAGUGACUCUGAUUUGCAAGAGUGUAUAGAAAUAUUAGAUGAUAUUGGUAAACAUAGCGUGAGGUUUCUUGUUCGUGAUAUGCCUUGUGUUUUAACCAGUUAUUGUAGUGGCAGUUGCUACUUGUGA